AUGGAGUCAUUGGGAGAGUUCAGUUGUCGGGAGUGUAGUAUGGCAUUCCGCUCCCUUGGACUUCUUAAGAAGCAUAAAGCAUUAUUCUGUAUCGGGAGCAGCAUUGGAGACCCUGUGGUGCUGAGACAAGGGCAGCCUGAGCGCAAGGGACUCUAUCCAAAGCCGGCACGCACCCCUGAUCUUAUAAGGGUAAGUAUGUUCGCUGUUAUAGUGGCUCUUGUAGUGUGUCUGUUUGUCUAACAUUGAUUGUUCCUGGUAGCUGAGAGAGCAGAGGGGUAUGCACCUACCGAACAUGCAGGGGAGGACCAAUGACACAGAACGGAGAGCUGGGAAAGAAGAGAACCUACGGGGCAGUGUGUCAGACAGCCUAGCCUUGAGGAACCUUACUAAUGAGGUGCUUACCAACGCUCAAUCUCACCAUCUAGACAUGCAAUAUAACCUAUAGCCACCUUUUGUAGCCCCUUCAAUAUUACAGAAUAUGAAUUAUCAUAGACAGACAAAUGUCAUGCUUGAAAUUAUAGUUUCAUAAGCUGAGGAUGUCGAUUCAGGAGAGUAUGCCCAACCUGCCUAAAUGGCCUACUGAGACAGAGGGUCUGGAGGACCAGGUCCAGGUGUUUGGGAGAAAGUGGGACCACAGGGAGAGGCUGAGAGAGAUGGCAGAGCAGCGCGACCAGCAGCUGGCAGAGAUACAGACCCACAACCACCUCCUGGAGCAACAGAGAGAGGGUAAGGGGCCAUAGAGAUCCUCCAACACAAAGAGAUAUGGAGGAAUUCAUAUUUUAUACAGUUUUUCAUGUAGAAAGGUUAAAUUGGCUAAUGUAUUCAGUUACAUGUAAUCUGAUUUCAGAUACUUAAAAAAAAAAUAGAUUACUGCCUCCCGAGUGGUGCAGCGGUCUAAGUGCUAGAGGCGUCACUACAGACCCGGGUUCAAAUCCAACUGGCUGUGAUCGGGAGUCCCAUAGGGCGGCGCACAAUUGUCUGGGUUAGGGGAGGGUUAGGCCAGGGGGGCUUUACUUGGCUCAUUGCGCUCUAGCGACUCCUUGUGGCGGGUCGGGCGCUUGCAUGCUGACCUCGGUCCGGGUUAAGCGGGUGGAUGUUAAGAAGCGACUCAACCUUUGCCUCCCGAGGCCGUUGGGGAGUUGCAGCGUUGAGACAAGAUUGAAAUUGGGGAGAAAAAGGGGGUAAAAUAAAAUAAAAAAUAGAUAACUUGGAUACAUUUUUUAUUCAGACAGGAUAUUUGCGAGAAAAAAAUGAAUUUUGAUACUUUUCUGUUUUCUCAAUGACAUUCAAGUCUAAGUUUAUUCCACCUGAGAGAGUCUGACCACAAGUCAGUGACCACUAUGAUGACACACCAAAUGUGUUUGAUGGUUGAUUUUUGUCUUUUUCUAAUGUCUCUUAAGGGGAACGUUAUCCAAAAGUAACAAAGUAAUCAGAUAACGUUACUGAGUUUGGGUAAUCCCCCAAAAAAUGUUACUGAUUACAAUUUUGGACAGGUAACUAGUAACUGUAAUGGAUUACAUUUAGUAUGUGUAUGUCAGAGAUAGCAUGGCAGCUUGGGGCUCUGGCAGGGCAGGGCAGCAAAGCCCACCUGGAGACGCUGCUGCUGGAGAUGAGGGAUCAGGAGGAGAGGAACGAAGACGACUCUACAGCAGCUCAAAGACCACAUCACUACCCUACAGCCUGGGUGAGUCCACUAGAUUGCAGCAAAUGACCAUCUCACACACUCAAAGUACAUAAGUGAUGAGUUAUAACAAGUUAUAAACAGACAUGGUUAUCAACUAGAAGAAAAAAAGAAACAUAUAAAUAAAGAUGUUCUUCUGUGCUUUUCAUAGGGUCAAAGAGGUCAGGUUUGACUCACCCAACCCUGACCACAGGAAGGGGCAUAAUGUCGUCUUUGACCUAAUAUCCUCUGUGGAUGGACCCCUCUCCACCCAAAUAAGGUAAGUAAUACUAGUAUGUCUUAGUGUAGCUACACCUCAUAGAACAACACCACAGAAGUACACGUUAUUAUUAGCACCAUUGUAGGUGAUAUUAGAAGCCGUAAUCAUAGAGCAAGUAAGUAGUUGUCAGGUCAUUAUAAAAAAAGAACAUGUGUUCUCAAUGACUUACCUGGUUAAAUAAAGUCUGUAAAUAGAUGCUGUAGUGUUAGUAGUAGCAACGUAUUACUAUCCUGCACCAUAUUUGUAUCUAUGUCUGUGUUUGACUGUCUGUUGGUGUGACAGAGCUCUGAGACUGGACUACAUGCAGUCAGGUGGUUCUGAUCCGGCUGUCCUGGCCCAGAUGCAUGACCUGCAGACAGAGGCCCACACUCUGGAGCAGCAGGCCCAACCUGGGGCUGACAACAAUGGCAGGAGGAAGCGUGAGUGUCAAUCCUGCAUGGUCCUUCAUUGGGGUAUGGAGGAUGUCACAUUUGGUGCUUUGGUGCCACCUUUAGUGAUUUAUUUAUAUUGUGCAUGUUUAUGUCUGUGCCUGCACCUAUUUGUCUUUCUGUUGUCUUUAAGAGACAAAGAACUGUAUCCUGUUUGUUUUUUAAAUAAAAAAGUACUGUAUCGUCUUUACUUUGGUGCCUCUCUAACCACCCCUUCUCUCUGCCCAGGGGUGAAGCCUCCUCAGCGGGCUGGGAACUCAGAGGUCCUGGCUGUGGAGCAAGAAAACCAGAGACUGGAGGAAGAGAUCUUCAGAAUCCAGUUGGCCAGAGACAAACACCGUCGGGAAGACGAGCUCCAUCAGAUCCAGAGAGAACACACCCACUACAUGGCCAGCAUUCAGGCUGAGCUCGAGAGCCUUCGCAGGGAAGUAGAGAGAGCCAGAGAGGGCCCUAGGGACCGGAGGCUGCCCCCACCCCCUCCACCUCCACCUCUGUUCCCUGCCCCACCAGCCAUGCAUCCCCUUGCCCAGAUACAUGCCCCUCCAGCCCUGGUAAAGUUAUGAUGUUAAUAUUGCUGUUAAUCUAUCUGGUUCUCUCUGAAGACAUUAGGCCCAUAUAGUAUAUCCCCCCUAUGAUCUUGUUACAGACCCAGCCCAGGCCCCAUUCCUCUCUCAAGGAAAGGCAUGUACUCGACCCCCUGGACUCCCUUGGGCCUGCGCCCUACGACCCUGCGUGAGUCCAUUAUGACUAGCACAUCUAUGUUGGCUAUUUCACUUUUCUAUAUGAGUAAAAUUAAACAUUACCUUCACAUACAUUAUUAGAGACACAUUUCUGUUACUCUACAGAUGUGCAGGUAUGAAGUACCGCUAAACUACUCUAAACCCUGUUGAUUUGCAGGGCUGGUUUUGCUGUCUUUUAUGACUUGAUGCUUGGGCUAGAUGUUACGCUGACGGUUCUGCGUCUGGUGGCCGGUCUCUACUCUGGAGGCCAGGAGGUGGGGCGGCCUACCCCAUUGCCCCCUACACAGUGCCAGCCUGUAGGGGGUCAGCCCUAUACACACACUGUGCCCCCUGGGAACUAUGCCCCCCUGGCAGUCAAACAGCCUAUGCCCAGGUAAGCACUGCACCCUGAGAAGAAAAAGUACCUGUGAAUCUCACCUGUAGCAUGUUGGCUGGAGUACAUCGGUGACAGAUCAAAAGGCAAUUGUUGCUCACUGAGUGACAGACUUGUUUCUUGCUCUGUUAGCUAAGGUUGCCUUUGAGUUGUGUGUGUUGUUGUUCAGAAGGUUUAAGACAAAACUCUCUGCCUCCCGAAUGGCGCAGCGGUCUAAGGCGUCAUUAUAGACCCGGGUUCGAUUCCAGGCUGUGUUGCAGCCGGCCGCGACCGGGAGACCCAUGAGGUGGCUCACAAUUGGCCCAGCGUCGUCCGGGUUAGGCCGGCUAGGAUGUCCUUGUGCCAUUGCGCUCUAGCGACUCCUUGGGGCGGGCCAGGUGCAUGCACGCUGACUUCGGACGCCAAUUGUACAGUGUUUCCUCCAACAUAUUGGUGCGGCUGACUUCCGGGUUAAGCGAGCAGUGUGUCAAGAAGCAGUGCGGCUUGGCAGAGUCGUGUUUCGGAGGACGCAUGGUUCUAUGCAUGGUUCUCGACCUUCGCCUCUCUCGAGUCCGUAUGGGAGUUGCAGCGAUGGGACAAGACUGUAACUACCAAUUGGAUAUCACGAAAUUGGGGAGAAAAAGGGGUAACAAAAAAUAUAUUUGUAAAAAAUAUAUAUACAGUGGGGAGAACAAGUAUUUGAUACACUGCCGAUUUUGCAGGUUUUCCUACUUACAAAGCAUGUAGAGGUCUGUAAUUUUUAUCAUAGGUACACUUCAACUGUGAGAGGCGGAAUCUAAAACAAAAAUCCAGAAAAUCAAAUUGUAUGAUUUUUAAGUAAUUAAUUUGCAUUUUAUUGCAUGACAUAAGUAUUUGAUACAUCAGAAAAGCAGAACUUAAUAUUUGGUACAGAAACCUUUGUUUGCAAUUACAGAGAUCAUACGUUUCCUGUAGGUCUUGACCAGGUUUGCACACACUGCAGCAGAGAUUUUGGCCCACUCCUUUGCAUUUUUAUUGCAUGACAUAAGAAUUUGAUCACCUACCAACCAGUAAGAAUUCCGGCUCUCACAGACCUGUUCGUUUUUCUUUAAGAAGCCCUCCUGUUCUCCACUCAUUACCUGUAUUAACUGCACCUGUUUGAACUCGUUACCUGUUUAAAAGACACCUGUCCACACACUCAAUCAAACAGACUCCAACCUCUCCACAAUGGCCAAGACCAGAGAGCUGUGUAAGGACAUCAGAGAUAAAAUUGUAGACCUGCACGAGGCUGGGAUGGGCUACAGGACAAUAGGCAAGCAGCUUGGUGAGAAGGCAACAACUGUUUGGCGCAAUUAUUAGAAAAUUGAAGAAGUUCAAGAUGACGGUCAAUCACCCUCGGUCUGGGGCUCCAUGCAAGAUCUCACCUCGUGGGGCAUCAAUGAUCAUGAGGAAGGUGAGGGAUCAUCCCAGAACUACACGGCAGGACCUGGUCAAUGACCUGAAGAGAGCUGGGACCACAGUCUCAAAGAAAACCAUUAGUAACACACUACACCGUCAUGGAUUAAAAUCCUGCAGCGCAUGCAAGGUCCCCCUGCUCAAGCCAGCGCAUGUCCAGGCCCGUCUGAAGUUUGCCAAUGACCAUCUGGAUGAUCCAGAGGAGGAAUGGGAGAAGGUCAUGUGGUCUGAUGAGACAAAAAUAUAGCUUUUUGGUCUAAACUCCACUCGCCGUGUUUGGAGGAAGAAGAAGGAUGAGUACAACCCCAAGAACACCAUCCCAACCGUGAAGCAUGGAGGUGGAAACAUCAUUCUUUGGGGAUGCUUUUCUGCAAAGGGGACAGGACGACUGCACCGCAUUGAGGCGAGAUCUUGGCCAACAACCUCCUUCCCUCAGUAAGAGCAUUGAAGAUGGGUCGUGGCUGGGUCUUCCAGCAUGACAACAACCCGAAACACACAGCCAGGGCAACUAAGGAGUGGCUCCGUAAGAAGCAUCUCAAGGUCCUGGAGUGGCCUAGCCAGUCUCCAGACCUGAACCCAAGAAAAAAUAUUUGGAGGGAGCUGAAAGUCCGUAUUGCCCAGCGACAGCCCCGAAACCUGAAGGAUCUGGAGAAGGUCUGUAUGGAGGAGUGGGCCAAAAUCCCUGCUACAGUGUGUGCAAACCUGGUCAAGACCUACAGGAAACGUAUGAUCUCUGUAAUUGCAAACAAAGGUUUCUGUACCAAAUAUUAAGUUCUGCUUUUCUGAUGUAUCAAAUACUUAUGUCAUGCAAUAAAAUGUAAAUUAUUUACUUUAAAAUCAUACAAUGUGAUUUUCUGGAUUUUUGUUUUAGAUUCCGUCUCUCACAGUUUAAGUGUACCUAUGAAAUUACAGACCUCUACAUGCUUUGUAAGUAGGAAAACCUGCAAAAUUGGCAGUGUAUCAAAUACUUGUUCUCCCCACUGUAUAUAUAUAUAUAUAUAUAUAUAUAUAUAUAUAUAUAUAUAUAUAUAUAUAUGUACAUAUCUCUACCUUCAGGAUGCAGCCGUCUCCCUCCCUGUCUCUAGUGGUUGAGCUUCAAGCUGCUGGAGGUCUGGACACCUACGGUCAGGAGGUCCAGAGGCUGGUGUCCCGGGGCUGGGCACGGCUGGAGCUCUUCAACCAGCACAACCAGGUCCAGAGCGGGUACUGGAGAGUGCCAGUACGUGCCCUCCCCGUCCGACCCUCCCUCAGUCCAAGCCAGCUCAACUCAGUCCCCCAGGUGAGGGUAGAAACCCGUCUGGCUGACUGCUAGUGGUUAGAAUGAAGUUUGAUUGAAUAUCCAUUAUACAUAAUGAUGUCUUAAAAUGACAAAGAAUAUCAUAACAGUUGAUGAUGACAUGAUUCCAUAUGUGUUAUUUCAUAGUUUUGAUGUCUUCACUAUUAGAAAAUAGUAAAAAAUAAAGAAACACCCUUGAAUGAGUAGGUGUGUCCAAACAUUUCACUGGUAAAUUACAUACAGUUUGGACACACCUACUCAUUCAAGGGUUUUUCUUUAUUUUUACUACUUUCUACAUUGUAGAAUAAUAGUGAAGACAUCAAAACUAUGAAAUAACACAUAUAGAAUCAUGUAGUAACCAAAAAAGUGUUAAACAAAUCAAAAUAUAUUUUAUAUUUGAGAUUCUUCAAAUAGCCACCCUUUGCCUUGAUGACAGCUUUGCCCACUCUUGGCAUUCUCUCAAGCAGCUUCACCUGGAGUGCUUUUCCAACAAUCUUGAAGGAGUUCCCACAUGUGCUGAGCACUUGUAGGCCGCUUUUCCUUCACUCUGCCGUAUGACUUAUCCCAAACCAUCUCAAUUGGGUUGAGGUCGGGGGAUUGUGGAGGCCAGGUCAUCUGAUGCGGCACUCCAUCGCUCUCCUUCUUGGUAAAAUAGCCCUUCACAGCCAGGAGGUGUGUUGGGUCAUUGUCCUGUUGAAAAACAAAUGAUAGUCCCUCUAAGCCCAAACCAGAUGGGAUGGUGUAUCGCUGCAAAAUGCUGUGGUAGCCAUGCUGGUUAAGUGGGCCUUGAAUUCUAAAUAAAUCACAGAUAGUGUCACCAGCAAAGCACCCCCACACCAUAACACCUCCUCCUCCAUGCUUUACGGUGGGAACUAUACAUGCAGAGAUCAUCCGUUCACCCACACCGCGUCUCACAAAGACACGGCGGUUGGAACCAAACAGCUCCAAUUUGGACAAAUUUCCACCUGUCUAAUGUCCAUUGCUCGUGUUUCUUGGUCCAAGCAGGUCUCUUCCUUUAGUUGUGGUUUCUUUGCAGCAAUUCGACCACGAAGGCCUGAUUCACACAGUCCCCUCUGAACAGUUGAUGUUGAGAUGUGUCUGUUACUUGAACUCUGUGAAGCAUUUAUUUGGGCUGCCAUUUCUGAGGCUGGUAACUCUAAUGAACUUAUCCUCUGCAGCAGAGGCAACUCUGGGUCUUCCAUUCCUGUGGCGGUCCUCAUAAGAGCCAGUUUCAUCAUAGCGCUUGAUAGUUUUUGCGACUGCGCUUGAAGAUACUUUCAAAGUUCUUGACAUUUUCCGUAUUGACUGUCCUUCAUGUCUUAAAGUAAUGAUGGACUGUCGUUUCUCUUUGCUUAUUUGAGCUGUUCUUGCCAUAAUAUGGACUUGGUCUUUUACCAAAUAGGGCUAUCUUCUGUAUACUCCCCCUACCUUGUCACAACACAACUGAUUGGCUCAAACACAUUAAGAAGGAAAGAAAUUCCACAAAUUAACUUUUAACAAGGCACACCUGUUAAUUGAAAUGCAUUCCAGGUGACUGCCUCAUGAAGCUGGUUGAGAGAAUGCCAAGAGUGUGCAAAGCUGUCAUCAAGGCAAAGGGUGGCUAUUUGAAGAAUCUCAAAUAUAACAUAUAUUUUGAUUUGUUUAACACUUUUUUGGUUACUACAUGAUUCCAUAUGUGUUAUUUCAUAGUUUAGAUGUCUUCACUAUUAUUCUACAAUGUAAAAAAUAGUAAAAUUAAAGAAAAACCCUUGAAUGAGUAGGUGUGUCCAAACUUUUGACUGGUAGUGUAUACCGUUUUUCAACAAAUGCAAUGCUGUUAUGUGUUAGGAAGUCAUGUGAGAUGACAUGACACAUGAUGAAACACAGUCGUGUGUCUGUGUUCUCUAGGUGGGCAACACGGAGCUGUGUCUACGGGUGGUCAAUGCUCGGGACAGGGACGUGCAGUCCCUCGCUAAGAUUGACCCAAGCAACACCAGCCACUAUAAGUACCCCUCCAUGGUACAUUUAAUUAUAUUCUCCAAAUACCACCCUUCUCUGACCACAUCAUUGUACUGUUUCAACAUGACUCUGUUAGCCAGUAGUGUGGUAACUUAUGCCUUAAAAAAAUGGAUCUGAACUGCUUUAGUUAUUUGCUCAGGCGGACUGGGGUAGAAAUCACUGCUGUAGAUCCUGACCUGGUGUGUUCAGUCCAUCGUAAAGCUUCAGAGAGUUUAUUCUAUUGAUAGUAGCUAUUUUGUGUACCGUGUCAUUACAGGUGUCCAAUCUCCCUGCAACUCUUCAAGGAAAUAGACCCCUUCCCAUGUCAACAUUACAGCCCUCCGCAGCCAAUCACUUUCUCUCUCUCCUUCCCUACACUGACCACAAAGACCCUCCCCCCAUGGAGGAACCCAAUCAGAGGUGAUUGAUGAUGAUGAUUUCAGUGUUUGGAAAUCAGUAAAAUAAUCACUGUCAUUUUUAUUUAGGUUGGGGAGAGAGAGAGAGAGAGAGAGAGAGAGAGAGAGAGAGUUACUUCAUCUGACCUUUUCCAUUGAUUGUUGUAAGUUGUCUGGAUGUGUUGUUCAUUUACAAUGUGCAAAUAAAAGACACAAAAACCCAGGACUCAGCCCCUUUUUUCAUUGUUUGUUUUCAAUGAUGGUAUUAUGACGAAGACUGUUAACAUACACUACAUGGCCAAAAGCAUGUGGACACCCUUUCAAAUUAGUGGAUUUGGCUAUUUCAGCCACACCCGUUGCUGACAGGUGUAUAAAAUCGAGCACACAGCCAUGCAAUCUCCAUAGACAAACAUUGGCAGUAGAAUGGCCUAACUGAAGAGCUCAGUGACUUUCAAUGUGGCACCGUCAUAGGAUGCCAACUUUCCAACAAGUCAGUUCGUCAAAUUUCUGCCCUGCUAGAGCUGCCCCGGUCAACUGUAAGUGCUGUUAUUGUGAAGUGGACAUGUCUAGGCGCAACAACGGCUCAGCCGCAAAGUGGUAGAUCACACAAGCUCACAGAACGGGGCCGCGGAGUGCUGAAGCACGUAAGAAUCGUCUGUCCUCGGUUGCAACACUCACUACAGAGUUCCAAACUGCCUCUGGAAGCAACGUCAGCACAAGAACUGUUCGUCAGGAGCUUCAUGAAAUGGGUUUCCAUGGCCGAGCAGCCGCACACAAGCAUAAGAUCAACAUUCACAAAGCCAAGCGUCGGCUGGAGUAGUGUAAAGCUCGCCGCCAUUGGACUCUGGAGUGGUGAAAAUGCGUUCUCUGGAGUGAUGAAUCACGCUUCACCAUCUGGCAGUCUGACAGACGAAUAUUUUGGUGGAGGAGGAAUAAUGGUCUGGGGAUGUUUUUCAUGGUUCGGGCAAGGCCCCUUAGUUCCAGUGAAGGGAAAUCUUAAUGCUACAGCAUACAAUGACAUUCUAGACGAUGCUGUGCUUCCAACUUUGUGGUAACAGUUUGGGGAAGGCCCUUUCCUGUUUCAGCAUGACAAUGCCCCCGUGCACAAAGCAAGGUCCAUACCGAAAUUGUUCAUCAAGAUCGGUGUGGAAGAACUUGACUGGCCUGCACAGAGCCCUGACCUCAACUCCAUCGAACACCUUUGGGAUGAAUUGGAACGCCGACUGCGAGCCAGGCCUAAUCGCCCAACAUCAGUGCCUGACCUCACUAAUGCUCUUGUGGCUGAAUGGAAGCAAGUCCCCGCAGCAAUGUUCCAACAUUUAGUGGAAAGCCUUCCAAGAGGAGUGGAGGCUGUUAUUGCAGCAAAAGAUGGGUUGGGUGUCCCCUCAGGGAGCAGGAAGCCUUUGACUGAUGGGCUACAGCCAAAAGACUGGAAAGAUGAGCUAAGGUGUUAAUCUUUCUCUCUUCAGUCUACUGGUCAGACAGUGGACUUUCUCUUCCCUCCUUGUUGCCUCUCACAGAUGCUAAUGUGUGGGGACUCAGGAUUCCACUGCUGCACUUCCACAGCAUGCUCCUCCAUAACUCGAUGUUAAAACCUUUGCUCAUCUCUCCAUCAUGCUCCAGUGUCCCCUGCCAUGGCUCUCACUACUCCGGUAAACCUCUCUCACACAUUGCCCCAGUUAAAUAGUCUGUAAGGUAGCCAACCAUUCCAUGUAUAAUAUUAUCAUAUUUGGAUGUCUGCAUCUGCUUGUGUUUGCUAGCCUGAGGGAUCCCUUUGAGCCCUACAGUGAUGUUGUGGCCAAACAGCACAGCGGAGAUGAGGCACCACCGCUCUUCCCCCUCCCACCUGAGUCACCCAUACCCCGCCCCUAAGUGCGGCUUCCAGGUCAGCCUUCUCCACCUGUGGUUCCUUCUUUAUUUCCAUGGUUAAAUCUCACACAAUGAGAAUCGAUCAAUCAAUAAAUCAUUACACUGAGUCUGGUAGAACAUCUUUGGGGCCUCUGUAUAAGUUCUGUUAUGGUUUUGUGACAGGUGUCUGUGAAUGGAGCCUUGAACCUACCGUGGUCAGGCUUCACCCUGGGUCUCUGCUCCCUCAGCACCCUGGUGCCUACUACCACCGGUCCCACUGGGUGGCCUAGAUGA